GAAGUAAAAGAAGUGGGAUUAUUUAUGGGAGAAAAAACUAUUUGAGGUACGUUGGACGUAAGAAAGGAGUUGUGUUACAAAACAGUGACCCUGGUUCUGGAAGACUCCUGACAAUGGCCUCCGGUGGAGGAAUUCAGAUACCGAGCCGUCUCCCGUUGCUGCUGACCCACGAAGGCGUGCUCCUCCCGGGCUCGACCGUCCGGUUCAGCGUGGACUCUCCGCGGAACAUGCAGCUGGUCAGCCAACGCUUGCUGAAGGGGACCUCGCUGAAAAGCACCAUCAUAGGAGUGAUUCCCAACACCAGAGACCCAGAGCACGACACCGACCAGCUGCCAACGCUGCACAAAAUCGGUACAGCGGGGAUUGCUGUGCAGGUGGUGGGGAGUAACUGGCCCAAGCCCCACUACACCCUCCUCAUCACUGGACUGUGCCGCUUUAAGGUGUCAAGUGUGUUGAAGGAGAAACCCUUUGUCCUUGCUGAGGUGGAGCAGUUGGAUAAACUGGAGCAGUACACGACCUCGGCAACAGACGGUGUGACAGCAGAGGAUGGAGAGCUGGGGGAGCUGUCCCAGACCUUCUACCAGACGGCCUUACAGCUGUUAGGUAUGUUAGAUAUGUCGGUUCCGGUGGUGGCCAAGUUCAGACGUCUGUUGGACAGUCUUCCCAGAGAAACUCUACCUGACGUGGUUACAUCUAUGAUCCGCACCUCAAACAAGGAGAAGCUACAGGUCCUGGAUGCAGUGAGUUUGGAGGAGCGUUUUAAGAAGGCCCUGUCCAUGUUGACAAGACAGAUAGAGGGGCUUAAACUGCUGCAGAAAACCAGAAAAAUGAGUCCUGAUAAUGAAAAGAGGGUGUUAUCAAUGCGUAAAGGCGGAGUGUUCCCAGGCCGGCAGUUCAAUCUAGAUGAGGAAGAUGAAGAUGAAGAUGGUGAUGACACCACGGCCUUGGAGAGGAAGGUCCAGGGGGCCAACAUGCCUGAAGCUGCUCUUCGAGUUUGCCUGAAAGAACUCAAGAGGUUGAAGAAGAUGCCUCAGUCCAUGCCUGAGUAUGCCCUGACCAGAAACUACUUGGACCUGAUGGUAGAGUUACCAUGGAGCAAAAGCACCAAAGACUGCCUGGACAUCCGAGCUGCUCGUACUCUAUUGGACAACGAUCACUAUGCCAUGGACAAACUGAAGAGACGUGUGUUAGAGUACCUAGCGGUCAGACAGCUGAAGACUACACUCAAGGGCCCCAUUCUUUGCUUUGUGGGCCCUCCAGGAGUUGGUAAAACUAGCGUUGGACGCUCCAUCGCAAGGACUCUGGGAAGAGAAUUCCACCGCAUCGCUUUGGGAGGCGUUUGCGACCAGUCUGACAUCCGAGGACACAGGCGUACAUAUGUAGGAAGCAUGCCUGGCCGCAUUAUCAACGGUUUGAAGACAGUUGGGGUCAAUAAUCCCGUUUUCCUCCUGGACGAAGUGGACAAACUGGGGAAGAGCCUACAGGGAGACCCUGCAGCUGCUCUGCUAGAGGUCCUGGACCCAGAGCAGAACCACAGCUUCACGGACCAUUACCUCAACGUGGCCUUUGAUCUCUCACAAGUGCUCUUUAUUGCCACUGCAAACACCACAGCGACCAUUCCCCCGGCACUGCUGGACAGGAUGGAGGUGCUGCAGGUACCAGGCUACACUCAGGAGGAGAAGGUGGAGAUAGCUCACCGUCACCUGAUCCCAAACCAGUUGGAGCAGCACGGAUUAACACCUCAACAGCUGCAUAUACCUCAGGACACGACGCAGGAUAUAAUUAGCAGGUACACCCGGGAAGCAGGGGUGCGUGCCCUCGAGAGGAAGAUCGGUGCGAUCUGCCGGGCUGUGGCCGUGAGAGUCGCUGAAGGUCACAGAAACACAAAGACGGAGACUUUGACACCUGAGAACUCAACACUGCAGGGAGACAAGGCCGCGCCCCCAGAGAUGCCCAUAGUGAUCGACCACAUCGCCCUCAAAGACAUCCUGGGACCACCUCUGUUUGAAAUGGAGGUCUCCGAGCGGCUCACGUUGCCCGGUGUGGCGGUGGGCCUGGCCUGGACGCCUCUCGGUGGGGAGAUCAUGUUUGUGGAGGCCAGUCGGAUGGAGGGGGAGGGACAGCUCACUCUGACCGGUCAGCUGGGGGACGUCAUGAAAGAGUCGGCGCAUUUGGCGAUCAGCUGGCUCAGAGCGAACGCUAAAAGCUACCAGCUCACCAACAUGGUGGGGGCUCCAGAUCCUUUAGAGGGGACAGACAUCCACCUCCACUUCCCCGCCGGCGCCGUCACCAAGGAUGGUCCCUCUGCCGGCGUUACCAUAGUAACCUGCCUUGCUUCGCUGUUCAGCGGCCGAUUGGUCAGAUCAGACGUCGCCAUGACUGGAGAGAUCACGUUAAGAGGCCUGGUGCUGCCGGUGGGAGGGAUCAAGGACAAGGUGCUGGCGGCCCACAGGGCGGGAGUGAAGCGCGUCAUCCUCCCCAAGCGCAACGAGAAGGACCUGGAGGAGCUUCCCGCCAACAUCCGAGCCGACCUCGACUUCGUCACGGCCGAAAACCUGGACGAGGUGCUGAACGCCUCCUUCGACGGAGGGUUUCCGGGGGCGACCAGCACGAGCGUGUGCCCUCAGCUCACCAGCAAACUGUAGCACACUAAUGAAAAUACACCAUCAGUGAAAACAGGAAAGUGUCUGAAUAGCUCGAGAGCUGGUGUCAGCGUCUCUUCUGUCAAACUCACUUAGAGCGUGAUGAGUUUUUCCCUCUUCAGCACACGGAGCUGUGGUCCUGACAAGUAUUAAUCUUUGAUAUUGUUUAAAGGUCGAUUUGCAAUCGAGAUUUACACUUGCAGAUUUGAGGUAAAAUAAGCUAUAAUUCACACUUCUGUUCAGAUAUACAGAUCAGCCACAACAUUAAAACCACUGACAGGAAAAGUAAAUAACAUUGACCAUCUUGUGACAGUUCAGAUAUUUCUUAUAGGUUCUUUUAUCUGGGCACGUUGUCUCAUCAUAUGAAUCACUGAGCCGUAAAAUGUCUUUUUUUUCCCCUCCCAAUCUCCUCUAAAGUGUCCGAGUGCAUUAAAAACUAAUGACUAUACUGAUCGAAGGGAAAAGGACAACAGGAAAAUUGAUUUGGAGUUAAAUGAAAAGGACAAAACACUUUUCUUUCAAUUAAACUAAAUAUUUAUUAAUUAUUUUCUGAGUUGAUGUCCUCCAAGUGCAACUAGUAUUAAAUUGUAAUUCCUCCCAAUGCAACUAAAAACUGUGACGACGUAGAUAUGACAUCAGGAUGCACAUGUGUUAGAGUUGGAGCUGAAUUAAAGAUGUUUAUAAAAUCCUAAAGAAAUGUGUCUUCUCUCUCUUCACGUGUCUUUCAGUGAGUAGUUGUUUUGGCCGUUGCCCACAGGGACAGAUCAUGUGUAGCUGCUGAAAAGCUCUGCGUCGAGGUGAUAUUUUUCUUUCCUUUCCCUGUGUAACGACAUAAUUUGAAACACCGGUGUGCAGUUCUUAUUUCCGUAUUUGGACAGGGGUUGAAAUCCUGACCCAGAUGUUGGCUGAUAUUACUUACAAUAACCGAUGCAGCCACUUGGGGGCAGUAACAGGCUGAGGAUUGUCUCUUCUCUGGGCUGCUUUUAUUUUAAUUUGAUGUUGCGGGGGUUCAUGAGGAGGCAAGUGUCUUGCAGGUUUUCCUAGACAUCGGGAAAUUGAACUGUUGUGCUUUGAUGCGUGGACAGGUGCCGCAGCGUCGACAGCAAUGGAGACAAAUAAGGAGGGAGCUGUAAUACACCUUUCAGCCACCGGGUGGAGACAUUUACUCCUUUCCUGGGACCAACUCGACUUUUUCCUCCGCAAUUUUUCCCAAGUGCAUUGGUUUUCCAGCCCGGAAGAAAGACCAAACUUUCCAAAAGGGGAGUCGCUCCAUUUGGGAACCGAUUCUUCUUCUGCAAAGAUCUGCUGGAUCGUUUGGGCGGAGCUUUAUGCCUUCACAGAAUUAACGCCUGGAUUAAAAACUCCAUCAUCUAUAACCGUGAAGCCAAAAACCUGCAGCACAAGAAAUGAAGAGAAGGCACCAGGUAUGAAAAAGAUAGAUUUAUUUAAUGACAAAUUAAAACAGAAAAAAAAAAAAAAAAUAGGACUUGAGGGAGAGCAGCAACAUUACUGAGACUCCACACGAAGAGAAAGGGAGAGACGAUUGGCUUCACCUCCCUCCCUCCUCCUCCUCCUCAGACAAAAAUAAAGGGGAGGUGGGGGGGAAAAAAGAAGAGAAGACUUAGCACACGAACAAGAGGACAGAGACAAAUAGAUGAAAACAAACCCAACUCUGGAAAGAAAAGGAAGAAGAGAAAAAAAAACCUUCAGAAGAACGACACAACUUGCUUUUUAACUACAAACACUGAAGUUUAGCCACAAGUUUUACAACUGCCUUUUAAUUUUUGUUUUUAAAAUUUAAUACAAAAAAUGAUAGUUAUGAUAAUCUCCAUUGAAUAAUAACAAUAGCAACAUCGUAACGGUAGAAACUGUCCCUCAUUCCUGGUUGGGUCAUCAGUCAGUGGUUGAGGCCGACACAGACGGAGGAAGAGCGGAAAUGAAAGGAGAGCUGGGGGCAGGGAGAAAUGAGCAGGCUUUUAUUUUAUUUAUUUUUUUGCCUUUUUGACGUCAAUCGCUCGCUCUCUCGCACGCACGCACACAUACAGAUAUCAGGAGUUCUUCUCUCUUGUCAUACAAAAAAAGAGAACUAAAAAUAAUUAAAAAGAAACAACGGACUUAAGAAAUAAACCCCAAAAGAAAUCUUCAACUGAAAUGCAGCGUUUUUUUCUUGUUCUGAGAAAAACAAAAAAAACAAA